AUGAGUACUACAGGCCAAGUUAUAAGAUGCAAAGCAGCCAUACUCUGGAAGCCUGGUGCACCAUUUUCUAUUGAGGAGGUAGAAUUGGCCCCACCAAAGGCAAAGGAAGUUCGCAUAAAGGUUGUGGCCACCGGACUGUGUGGUACAGAGAUGAAAAUGUUGGGGAGUAACUUGGACCUCUUGUAUCCCACCAUCUUGGGUCAUGAAGGGGCUGGAAUCGUUGAGAGUAUUGGAGAAGGAGUAAGCACAGUGAAACCAGGUGACAAAGUUAUCACACUCUUUCUGCCACAGUGUGGAGAAUGUACCUCUUGCCUGAAUUCUGAGGGCAAUUUUUGUAUACAGGUCAAACAGUCAAAACCCCAACUGAUGUCUGAUGGUACCAGCAGAUUUACCUGCAAUGGAAAAUCAAUAUAUCACUUUGGUAACACCAGCACCUUCUCUGAAUAAGUGAUAAAGGAAAUCUCAGUUGCCAAUAUUGAUGCAGUUGCUCCUCUGGAUAAAGUAUGCCUAAUCAGCUGUGGCUUUUCCACUGGGUUUGGUGCUGCAAUCAAUACUGCCAAGGUGACUCCAGGUUCUGCCUGUGCUGUGUUUGGCCUGGGAGGAGUUGGCUUGUCUGUUGUCAUGGAUUGUAAAGCGGCAGGAGCAGCCGGGAUCAUUGGAGUGGACGUCAACAAGGAGAAAUUUAAGAAGGCACAGGAACUGGGUGCCACUGAGUGCCUCAACCCUCUGGACUUAAAGAAACCCAUUCAAGAAUUUUUAUUUGAUAUGACAGAUUUUGGUAUAGACUUCUGCUUUGAGGCCAUUGGAAAUCUGGACACUCUGGCAGCUGCCCUCGCCUCCUGCAAUGAGAGCUAUGGGGUCUGUGUGGUUGUUGGGGUGUUGCCUGCCAGUGGUCAACUCAACAUCAGUGGCCAGUUAUUCUCAGGACGUUCUUUGAAGGGUUCUGUUUUUGGAGGCUGGAAGAGCAGAGAGCACAUCCCAAAACUGGUUGCUGAUUAUAUGGCAGAGAAGUUGAAUCUAGAUCCACUAAUUACUCAUACUCUGAGUCUUGAUAAAAUCAAUGAAGCAGUUGAAUUAAUGAAAACUGGAAAAUGUAUCCGCUGUAUCCUGCUACUUUAA